AUGGGGCCAAGAAGACGCAGCGAAGCCUGGACUUUGUGGCCUUUCCAGCCACGGAAGAGCCAGCCACACUUCUUCUCUUCCUGCCUGUGGACCCCUCUCCUCUUCCUGUUCAUGGGACCUGGAGCCUCUGGAGAGAACGCAGAGAGAAUGGUAGGAGUUACGGGGGCUUCGGCAAACUUCUCCCUCAACCUCUCAGCAUACUCAGAGAUUGAGCUUGUCACUUGGAGUGGACCCUAUGGUAGCUUUAUUCUCAUACCAGCAGAAGGAAUCCCUCAGUUCACAAACAAAAGCUAUAAGAGACGACUAAAUAUCACCGUCACUAGCUAUUCCUUUUCUCUCUACAAUCUGACCCUGAAAGAUUCUGGACACUACGAAGCCAAGAUAAACCACAUGGAUUCUGAGGACACUGCUAAUGCGGUAUUUACCCUGACUGUCUAUGAUCCGCUGCGGGAGCCUCAAGUCAUCCUGAAGUCUGUGACUGUGUCUGAGAACGCCUCAUGUACCAUCACCUUGAUCUGCUCUGUGCAGGGAGAAGGGAAAGACGUUCGGUACAGCUGGGCCCCCGUGGGCCUCCGUGUUUCUGAAUCCUCUGGGAACUCCACUCUCACCAUCUCCUGGAUGCCCUGUGAUCAAGACAUGCCCUAUACCUGCAAAGCCCAGAACCCAGUCAGCCAGACAAACUCCCACCCAGUCUUCGCCCGACAGUUCUGUACAGAUGCAGUUGCCUCCAGAGAAGGGCCAGUGGUGGAGACAGUGGAGAAACUCUUGGGGGCGUCUUUCAGGCUACCCCUGGCUCUCCCAGACACUCAGGAUGUAGAAAGAGUUCUCUGGAUCUUUAACACGUCUAUCAUCAACAGCACAAGGGAAGGAAUAACCACAGUCACUCAGUCCAAGGUUCCUGACAAGAAUGAGGUGUGGGUCUCCAACCAGGACCACUCCCUGAACAUUGGGCAUCUGAGGAUGGAGAACACUGGCACCUAUCAUGCCUAUGUGUGCUCCAGGGACUCCAGAGUCAUCAGCAUGAAGCACGUCACCCUGCUCAUCUACCGGAAGCUGAAGACGCCAAGAAUCACCAGGGGCCAGUUUAUCACAGACAAUGGCUUCUGCAAGGUCAAGCUGGAGUGCUCCUUGGAGGACAGUGAACCCGAUGUGACCUACUGCUGGACCUCCUCUGUGCAGGAAGGAAUUGUCCACAAGGGAUCACAGUUCCAGCCUUCCUGGAAGCUUGGGGAAGAUCACCCCACCUUCAGCUGCACAGCCAGCAACCCUGUCAGCAACAGCUCCUGGAUGUUUGUUUCUGAAGACAACUGUCCAGGGCCUGACUGGAUACUUCCGAUUGUAUUCUCCUUGCUGGCUUUGUUCCUUCUCUGCACGAUGGCAGUGGCUGGAUGGGCUGUUCACUUUAUAUUUGUGAGUCUUGUCAGCUUUUUGUAUAUCUUUGUGACAGGAAGCUCAUCCCUCAUCCCUGCUUUUUCCCUUGAGCCACCAGGAAUCCCCAAACUCUGCCCUCUCAGACAAAUGCAUCCCGCAAGGAGAAGGGUGAGGGGGUGGGUCUGGAGUCAACCCUGCAUGAGAUGUUCCAGACUCACCACUGACCACUUACUCUCCACACUGCCCCAAGUACACAAUAACAGGGACACGCCCCUAAAGGCCUCCAACCAUCAGCAAAAGAACCCCACGAGCAGCAGUUCUGACAGCGGUGGCACCAGUGAAGAUGAGGAGAGGACAAAGAUACCACCUCCUGUCUGGGGCAGAGGUGAGGUGUGUGUGCCGCCCGCUUCAGAGAACUCUGCAAGGGGCCUGGCCCCUGAGGUGGAAGCACAAUAUAACCUCAUCACUCCAUCUGGCACAGACCUUGCCCCUGUGGUCAAUGGGGACACAGUGUAUGCUCAUCUGUUCCACAACUCCAAGGGAAUGGACCCAAUUCUUCAGAAGAAAGAAGUAUCAGUCACAAUCUACUGCUCUGUACAGAGGUCUCAAAUGGUGGUGCCACCAUCGCAGGACGACCCCGAGUCCUCUGAAAACAGCACCUAUGAAAAUUUCACUUGAAUAGAAAAACAGCGCAGCCUGCCUCCCAGCCGCCUCCCUCCCUGCCGUCGUUGGCCUGAGGUCCUGGCAGACAGCAAGACUGCAGUAUUUUCCUCCAUGUCUCAGGGCCUCCUGGACUUGAUUGUCUCCUUCUCAGCCACCGCUGUUUUCCCAGCUUUCUCUCAGCAAAGCUGCAGCCCUCCAUAUCUCUGUAAGCUCGAGCCAACACUGUUGAAUGCACCUGGACAAAGCUGCCUUCGUGUCAUCUUCCAAACAGAGGUCUCACUAGAAUCAUGUCCACUGCAGCAAUUUUUAGUGUCAGAAGUAAUCCAGAUCUGCAUUUAACGAGAAUCCAGUGAAAUACAUGAGCUCAGAGCCCUUGCAAGGGCGAAGCCAGGCGCCUUUGUGAAGGAUACAUGGGACUGAUGGAGAUGGACUCAGAGGCACAUGGUAAGGUGAAGUAAACUGUCCACUUCCAGCUGGAUUGUUAAGCAAUAUAUCUGCUAAGAAGAGCUAAAAAGACACUUCUCCAAAGAGGAAAUGCAGAUGGCCAACAAGC